UCUCAUUUCAUAAAAAAAUAGAGAAAGAAAGAAGCUGAGAAGUAAGAAAAUGGAGGAAGCAGAAGGGAGUGGCAAAGACGAGAGGUGGAGUCUUCAAGGCAUGACUGCCCUUGUUACUGGUGGAACCAAAGGGAUUGGACAUGCAAUCGUGGAGGAAUUAGCAGGGCUGGGAGCAAACGUACAUACAUGCUCUCGAACUGAAUCUGAGCUCAACAAUUUCUUGCUCCAAUGGAAAGCCAAGGGUUUCCAAGUCACUGGUUCAGUGUGUGAUGUUUCGGAUCAAGCUCAAACGGAAAAGCUGAUAAACACUGUUUCCUCCGAGUUCAAGGGGAGGCUUAACAUCCUGGUAAAUAAUGUGGGGAAUAAUAUAGGGAAAAUGGUGACAGAUUACACGGCGGAAGAUGUUUCAUUUCUGACGAGUACCAACUUCGAAUCUGCUUUUAACAUUACCAUACUGGCUCAUCCUCUAUUGAAAGCUUCAGCAUCUGGAAGUAUUGUGUUUUUCUCUUCAAUUGGUUCUAUUAUGCCUGCAUAUUUAGGACCUAUAUAUGGAGCCAACAAAGGUAAACUUUGCUUCUAUUAUAUUGAAGAAGGUCAUGGAGAAGCAAUAGGGACAUCUAAAAGCCGAACAGCAUUAGGACGGCUUGGAGAGCCAAAGGAGGUAUCGGCAAUGGUGGCAUUUCUCUGUCUACCAGCGGCUUCAUAUAUAACUGGACAGAUUAUUUGUGUCGAUGGAGGAAUGACAGUGAAUGCCAUUUACUUUCCAAAAUAA